AUGACUCGAAGCUCAAGAAGAACGUCGUCAUUGGCAAGAUCGGAAGAUUCUGAUGCUACCAACGACACCUCUUUUUCAUUCCGCUUGCCUAUUUUAAGCACAAUUAAACGAACAUUGAGCAACAAGGAACAGCUAAACAGGUUAGUAGAAUUGCACGAGAAAAUUUCAAUACUAGAAGACGAUCAAGUCGAUUUGGAAACAUUGAGACCAAUAUCAAAGGACCUAAUCAACAAGAAGCUUCUAAACCACGCAAGCAUUGGAGUACAAGCAUUUGUAUGUUGUUGUAUUUCAGACAUCCUUAGACUCUUUGCACCAAAUGCGCCAUACACAGAUGAAGAGCUUUCAGAUAUUUUUAAAGCAUUUCUGAAACAGUUUCAAAGAAUCUCAAGCUCUAAUGUUGCGUCCGCAAAAUCUGAUCGACCACAAUUCUACCCACAAUAUGUGUAUUUGUUAAAAAGGAUUGCAGAAACCAAGACAUUCGUUUUGAUGUUGGAUUUGCCAGACUCGCAAUUCUUGGUUGAAGAGUUUUUUGACACAUUUUAUGGAAUUGCAACUAGAGAGUCUUUUCCAAAAGAAUUGGAGACUAUUGUCUCGGAUGUUUUGACCGAAAUUACAACCGAAGCUGAGAUGAUUCCACACCGUAUUGUUAAACUCAUCUUAAGUAAAUUCAACGCGCACGAAACCGGGAAAAGCAUUCUUAUGGAUAACAUUGCAACACCCGAAUUUGCCAUAUCAUUGGCCAUUUGUGAAGCAAAUGUUGAUAGAAUGUCACGUUCAGUAGCUCAAUAUUUUUCUGAAAUUUUGUACAAAAACUCCAACAUGCUAGAGCAAGCUGAUGAACAACAACAUAAUCCCCAGACAGAUAAAAAGGAGAAUGGGAAACUCCGCUUGCAAGCAAUAGAAGUAUUACAGAGUAUACAUCACUUAUCUGUACAGAUAUGGAGCUUUGUUCCCUCGAUUAUGUCUUCAGUGAUGGCUUUGCUUGAAGAUGAGUUGAAUGCCAGUGAGGAUAAGAUUAGGGCUCUUGCAACAUCAACUAUUGGUCAAAUGCUAGGCACCAAAUCACUCAACGCAGUAGUACCACUACUAAAAGUCAACCUUUUUACAGUGCACAAAUCCACAUGGCAAACGUGGUUGAAAAAAUCAUUGGAUAUUUCAUCAAUUGUUAGAAGUCUGUGGGUCACACUGUUGCCAAAUAUAGUACAAAACAACCAAUACCUUACAACUGAAAUUAAUAAAUUGAUCUUGGCUGAGUUGAAAAAAUGUUUAAUGGACUCCGAUCACAGGGUAAGAGAGGCAGCUUGUCGCACAUUUACUUUGAUUCCAUUUGAAGUGCUCGUGACCAAAUAUUUGGACAAUGAAAUAUUGAGUAUCAUUAUAAAAUUGAUGAGGGAAAAGCAUAGAUCGAUUAGAAAUACAGCCAUGGAAGUUAUCAGCUCUCUUUAUGCCGACUAUGUUGAUAGGAAAAUCGAGUCUCGAGUUAGUUUUGAUGAAAAUAUUGAAAAAGCCAUAAAGGAAAUUCCCAAGCACGUUAUAUCGCUCAUCUACAUUAACGAUAAGGAUGUUAAUGCCAUGGUCGAUACUCUUUUGUUUGACAAAUUGGCGCCAUUUAACGAGACCAAUGCUGUAACGCGAGUACAAAAAUUAUUAUAUUUCUACAAGGAGCUUGAUACCAAAAGUAAAGAAGCGUUUUUAGCUAUUAAUUCAAGACAACGCAAGUUACAACUGGCAAUUAGCAGUUUUAUGGAGGUAGCCGAGGCUUAUUUCAGGGCAAAUACCAUGCUAGAAAAGGAAAAUAAACCAUCGAGUGAAGAGUUUAAAAAAAAUUCGACAAAACUACAGACUAUACUAACUUGGAUCACACAAUCUUUUCCAGAAGAUUACAAUACAUAUGCAUGUUUAGAGAGGUUGGUGAAACUAAAUCGUGCAAGAUUUUUACAUCUAAUCAAGACAUGUAUUUCUUCUGAGGCUGAUCUUAAAACCAUUAACUCCGCAAUGAAUGAGCUUUUAACCAAGCUUUCGGAGACAAAAAAUAUUAAAUCGGGAAAUCAAACGGGUGUGACUCCAGCAGAAAUGAGACAGAAUGUCAAGCUUUUGCUCUUGCGUGGUUCACCAUUGAUUUACAACAAGUCUAAUAUUGAGCAAUUGAUUGCAAUGUCGAAAAGUGCCACACAUGAACAUUUUGGACCCGCUACAGAGAUUUUACAGCAGAUCUCAAACACUAACCCCGAAGUUUUUAAAAACCAUAUACGCUCAUUAACUGAAUUAUGUAUGGAAACAACGGUGGAAAAAUCACGUAUCUUAAGAGCAACAUACCACUUUGUAAAAAUCUACCCCGAGGCGUUCCCUCCUGGUCGUUCCUUUACAGAGCUUUUGAAAAAAAUUGCUAUAAGCGGUACCCCGCAAGAGGCCAAAUAUGCUUUGAAAUUGAUUGGUAAAUGCGAGCAGAAGGAGGUGUUAUGUGCAUCAAUAGUUGAUAAGAUAUACCCUUUGAACAUUGAGUCCGGAUACUUUGCUACACAUUUAAGUUCAAUUGCUGAAAUAUUUCUCAUUGAUAAGUACGCAAUAAUGGACAAGGAAGAAGAACUCACGCCAUACGUAAUAAAACAUGUAUUGCUUGAGAAUUCCACAUUGGAUGUUGAUGCCACCUUUAAAACGUAUGCGAUUCGUUUGUUUAUUAAUAUUCUAAAAAGCGCUGCAUCCGAUACAAAUCAUGCUAAAGAAAAAGCUGCACCUGUGCUCAAAUUGUUAAUAUCGAUUAUUGGGAACAAGGGAGAAAUCGUCAACAAGUCUAAUCCAUCAUGGCCUACACCAGAGACCUAUAAGCAACAAUUGCGAUUAAAUGCAGGAAAAUAUUUGCUCAAGCUUGCCAAGGUACCAAUCUACAACGAUGUAAUUUUAUCCCCUACGAUGAGAAAAUUGUGCUUUCUUGUCAAUGACAACGAGUUGGAAGUUCGCAAGUCCUUUUUCAAUGAUUUAAAAACCAAAUUGGCUCAAGAAGCCAUAAGUGAUAAAUACCUUUCGCUUGUGUUUUUUAGUGCCCUGGAGGUAGAUCCAACAUUGAAUAAAGAGGCUACUAUGUGGAUCAACUCCAUGUUUAAGCGAUGCGAGAUCAAAAAGAGUUUGAUAUUUGAGAAAUCAUUGGUGCGUUUAGUCCACAGUAUUGCACAUCACGAAACCUUUGUGUCAUUACUUACUAAUAAAUCGACCGGCGAUUUAAAUGAAGAAUUAUAUGUAACGGAUCAGAAAUUAUUGGAUGCAUGCGUAUUUGCCUCAGUUUAUCUCACAUACUAUGUGCAGUUGAUUGCCAAACAGGAGAACAUUUCACUCUUGUAUUAUCUUGCUAGUCGAAUUAAGCAACAUAGAGAUGCUUCAAUUGCCUCAUCAGAAUACACAAAAAAGAAGCCCCUGGAUGAAAUUAACCAGAUUUAUCAAAUAGCAGAGCUAGCUCAAUUAAUAUUGAAGACAUAUAGUGAUAUAAAAAAUUGGCCCAUCCAUACUUGGCCUGAUAAAAUCAAACUCCCGCAAGAGCUUUUUGCACCAAUGGGCACGCCUCAAGAAGCUCAACUGGUAGUUUCACGGAUAUUUAUUGAGGAAAAUGUUCAAAUUCCAUUGGUUGCAAACUUACGAAAGCAAUUCACUGAUGGUAAGAAACGCUUAGAUAGUGAGGCUAUGGGUAGAUCAAGCGAGGCCCCUAAUGUAAAAAAGGCAAGAACUGCAAAGUCUAAGCCAAGACUAAAGUCCAGGGCCAAGACUACACCCAAAGCAAAUAAUAGAAAAAAGGCUGAAACAGCUUUGCCUACAAGAAGAAGAAGAAGCACUAGAAUAGUGGCGAAGAAUGUUCGUUACAAAGAUCAGCUAACUUCUUCGGAAGAAGAAGAAGAAGAAGAAGACGAAGAAGAAAAAGAAGAAAACGAGGAAGAGGAUCAAGAUUCAGAUAGUGAUUUCGAGUAG